AUGGCAACACUAGUUCAAAAUGUCCGACAAGUCCGUCAUGCCCGUCAUUUCAUUCAUUCACUUGUCUACUAGCUAAAAAAAGGUCUAGCAACGGACGACAAGUGUUGGCAAAUUAGUGACGAGAAAUUUGUGUUACCUCUUUAUUUAAGCACUAAUUCCCUUGGAUUAGCUGUGAUUCCUGUGAAGCUCGAUCAGAUCCUCUGGGAGAUUGACAUAAUGGACCUCAGAUCCUAAGCCUACAACUCCUGUAUUAUUAUGGCAUCUGGAAACUCUUCUUUGGAGAGCAAUGGCAGUAACGAGUCAAUGUCCCACACAUACGUGAGCAACGAGCGCCACAAUGCCUCCCAGCUGCCCACCAUACCCAUCCCCAUCGAUUAUGACAGCAACUACGAUAAGAACUACGUGAAACACGGCCACGUCCACGCGCCAUACGAAUACGACGCGCUUAGCAAACAGACCAAUGAGAGCUUGAAACAGCAGUGCGAGAAAGCGCUACAUGAGCUGAAUCAGCUGAGGAGGCAGCAUACAGAGACGUCCAGGAGGUGCGAGCAUGUUAUGAAGGUAAAUAUACUAAAUAAUAAGAACUAUGUGAAACACGUCCACGUCCCGUGCGAGUACGACGCGCUUAGCAAACAGACCAAUGAGAGCUUGAAACAGCAGUGCGAGAAAGCGCUACAUGAGCUGAAUCAGCUGAGGAGGCAGCAUACAGAGACGUCCAGGAGGUGCGAGCAUGUUAUGAAGGAAUUGGAAUACUUCCGCGGACAGCACAGGGCAGCCAUGAACCAGCUAGAAGUAUCCGCACAGGAGGCCUCCAGUCUCCGAGGGAAGUAUGGGGACCUGUUGAAUGAUAAUCAGAGGUUGGAGCGCGAAGUCCAACAUCUACAGCAGAGUGGAACCGCGGAGGGCAGCUCCGAUGCCCUGGUACACACUCUCAGAAAAUACGAGGCACUUAAGGAGGAGUUUGAGUGCUACCAGAAGAGAUAUGACGACCUACUUGAAAAUCACAACGUGACCUUGGAAAAGCUCCGCCUCAUUCAAGAAGAGAACAGCCGUCUCAAGACGCAGUGCCACGAACUCACGCAAGAGAGGAACGCUGUCAUUCGUGAACGAAACACUCUCAAGCAGCAAGUAGCGAAUGUUGUCCGCCAAUGGGAGGGCGGCGCUCGGGAGCGUGCCGAUAUGAAGAGGCUGACGGACGAGCGGAAUGCUGCCAUGGCGGAGUACACGCUUAUAAUGAGCGAGAGAGACACGGUCCACAAAGAGAUGGAGAAACUCACCGAUGACCUUCAGGCGGCGAUGAAAAGGGUGGCCGCUUUAGAAGCCGCGUUACAGCUCUCCAGAGAAGAGCAACGCGCUCAAGCUCUACAGGCGGAGAGCCUCCGUCGCGAGAUCGAAUCCGCGCUCGUGGACCGCGACCGUGCUAUCAAGGAGUGCACAGACCUGAAGACUCCACAGAACACUUCCACACUAGGAAAAUCCCGACAAGACAACUCAGCGUAUCACCACUUGGGGCUCGCAAGCGGUGUUGGUACCGACGGGUUCCUCAACGGACAACACUCCAAUGAUCCCUCGUUGGAUAAGUUACAAGGUCUAGUGGGUAUGUCCGGCGAUGGCGCCGAUAAAGAGCGCGUGGAUAACCUCGAACAAGCGAAUCAGGAGCUGCAGCGACUACGGAAGCAGCUCGAUCGCGCCGUCGCCGACCUGAACGACGCACAACGAGAGGCCGAGGUAUCGAAACGGCGUCGAGAUUGGGCGUUCUCCGAACGAGACAAACUGCUGCAAGAGCGAGAGAGCGUCAAAGCGCUUUGCAACCGAUUACGAAAGGAGAGGGACGCCAUGGUGGGCGAGCUGGCGGACGCGCGGCGCCACGGCGGCGCCGGCGCAGAGCGCGCGCGCCGCGAGCACCGGGAGACGGCCGUCGACCAUGUGCAGGACAUAGAGUGGGAAGUGAUCGACGUAGAACUGAGCGGUCCCAACGCGGAUGGUGAGCUCGGUGUCGAACUGGCCGGCGGUAGAGACGAGCCUUACUUCCCCAACGACCCUAGCGUCUACGUCACUUCGGUGGCCAAGGGUUCAGUGGCUGAAGGAAAGAUCAAGGUACUGGACCGCGUGAUAGGCGGCGGCUCGGGCGGCUGGGCGCGCGCCGGCUCGUGCGCGGCGGCCCUGCGCGCCGCCACCGCGCGCGGCGCCGCGCAGCUGCGCCUGCAGCGCGCCGCCGCGCGCCGCCUGCACCGCCCGCUGCGGCGAGACGACACCGGCGCGCUGCACCUGCAGCACGGUAUUUUCAUCAGUAAAAUAUCUCCGGGCAGCGCCAUCGCAAAAGACGACAACAUCUUCGUAGGGGAUCGCAUAGUCAGUAUUAACAACAGAUCGCUCGAAGGCAUGAAGAGCGUGUCGGAAGUGUGGGCACUCCUCAACGAGUGUCAGUACGAAACUGUGACACUAACGCUGUUGCGGCCGCUCUAUCCCUGCUGCUUAGAUGCGAAUAGGCUAUCACUGUUUGACUCUAGUGAAGGCAAGAUGCUAAGUCUUUGCUCGCAGACUGAAGACUGGUCACCAUUUCUGCACCCGCCUUCUGACUCUAAGGUCCACAUAGAGCACGGUGUACCGGAUUUUGACCGUCGGUACGUGUACCACGUAGCAGCUGGAAGCCAGGGCAAGAUACAUCAGGAAAGAGGUACAUGGGACAUGAUCAGAGGGAAGAUCGAGGCGGUCACCGGACGCAGCAAGUCGAAGGACAAACAAAACAAGGUACCUGAGUCUGACGCGAUAGCAGAGCUGGAUUCUGUUAUCGACAGCUAUCAUGGAAAAACAAUCAAAGAAACCAGUAGUGUCCUGAAACGGUCGCGCAGAAAAAACAAAGAGUCGCAGAAUGAUUCCAAAAAUGGGGGCACUUGGCCCAAAGCACGAGCUAACUUCGGUCUAGAAGAGAACCCUACUGGGACCAUCGUCCAACCACGCUCGAGGAAAGAACGACCACCAUUAUCUAUGCUCCUCAGUCCACCCACCAAGCUACAACCAGAACCACAGAGGUCUAAUACCAAUCGGAACUCAAACCCCAUACCUCUAGGCCACGCGCCCUUAACACAAGUCACCACCCCAGCGCGGCACUCCGUCUACAAAUCCAUAGAAUCCUCCCCAGCGAUCGCCCAUUUUCCCAAACCUGCCCCACUCUCUAUCCAUAAUCCCCAUCCCCAAUUCACGUCCCCAAGCAUGAACUUCGAGAAAAUACGGACGCUUGAGAAAGAUAAAAUGUCCAUGAGCGACUAUUCCGAACAUGACAUCACACCGAACAGACUCAGCUUGGCUCUGAAUCCCUCUGACGAUUCUUUAGACUACCAGCCAGUGACCAGAAACAGAACUAAAAGCCCUCAUUCCUUAGACUUCAAUGUCAAUAAAGGACCAAGUUCUUUAGAUUUUAUUUCAAGAAAAACGCCAACUUCGCUCGAACACCAGAUGAAGAAUCACCCUAUUCUAGAACAGUAUUAUGCUCCUAAAAAGUCUUCAUCGCCAAAAACGGUGAACAAAUAUCCAUCGGACAGUGACAGCUACGGUCCUGACAGUUUAAACAGCAACACCAAUUUUGCUAUGACAGGGACCUUGCCGUCCCAAUCGCGGUUACAAUCUCAGUAUUACAGAGGACCUUUCGUAAAUUCGAAUCCUCACACAUCGAGUCGAUACCCUCAUUUAGCGAGCCCGACCAACAUCCCUCAGAGUCAGUCGGGGGAAAGCAUCGGAACGAGCUACGAAAUGCAUUCGUUCCCCUCCCACACUCACAAUAUGUCUGAUCUCCAGCCUGUACCACGUGCGAAUAGAGUAUUAGGCGACUACCCUCAUGUUUACGAAGGCGGCACUUUCCCGAGAAAGAAGGAGAAUCAGAGAUUCAGAAUCCCUUCAAAUCCUAGUGUGACUUCUAAGAAUUCUGCUGGGAAACUAAGCACAGGCUCUAUUGAGAGGAGUUCAGAAAGAAAUUCGCCGAUGCCGACCUAUCAUGUAGAAAUAUUAAGCCCAGGAAGAGGAGCGAAGCAGAUAGCCCAUAAAGCAACCAGGAAUUCAAUGCCGGAAUACACUGGCUUAGGCUGGAAUAAGCCAUUACCAGGAGAACUUAGGAGAGUGCACAUAGAUAAGAGUCAACAGCCGUUAGGCAUACAGAUCUACUGCCCACCAAGCAGCGGAGGUGUGUUCGUGUCAACUGUAAACGACAACUCGCUUGCCAGUCAAGUAGGUUUACAAGUCGGCGACCAGUUGCUUGAAGUUUGCGGUAUUAACAUGAGAUCAGCUACCUACAGUCUCGCCGCCAGCGUGUUAAGGCAGAUAGGCAAUUCGAUAACCAUGCUAGUGCAAUACAGUCCAGAGAAAUACAAAGACGAGGUCGAAGUGUCUGGGAGUUCGUCCUCGGGAGAAAGUUCUCAUGAUGAAGAAGUUUCCCUAUCAGGAUCUCCAACUCCCAGGAAUUCUCCAGGCCCGCAGCAGUCUUUAAGAAUGGAAGCACCAUCGACUGAGGUUGCGACUUUAAGACAGUCGCAGACGAGUAAAGACUUGCCGAGGUUUCUGAUAAUAGAAAUGAGGAACUGUUCCGAUCUUGGGAUAAGUUUGGUGGGGGGUAACGCAGUGGGGAUCUUCGUGCACAGUGUGCAGAUUGACUCGCCAGCGUAUAAUGCGGGGCUGAGGACAGGGGACCAGAUUAUGGAAUACAAUAAUGUGGAUUUGAGGAGAGCGACGGCUGAGCAGGCCGCUUUGGAGUUGGCCAAGCCAGCGGAAAAGGUGUCUGUCCUAGUCCGCCUAGACUUGCAACAAUACCACGACAUCAAGGAUAAGCCUGGCGACGCCUUCUACAUCCGAGCCGGCUUCGACCGAUGCGCUAAAAUCACAUCCACAGGUGUCGAUACGAUAGACGAGUACUCGCUGUGGUUCCGCAAAGACGAAGUGUUGUUUGUGGACAACACUCUCUUCAACGGCGCCCCAGGCUUGUGGCGGGCGUGGCAAUUAGACUGCAAGGGGCAGAAGCGACACUGGGGCACAAUACCCAGCAAGUUCAAGGUUGAAGAACUCCUUCGGCGUUCCAUGGGCUCUCUCGACGGAGAAGCGCAAAGGCGGGCUUCGAGCACAGCGAGGCGCUCCUUCUUCCGCCGCAAGAAACAUCGCGACAGCAAGGAGCUGGCUUCAUUCUCUAACACCGAGUUAGGCUGCUGGAGCGAUUCUGGCGCGCUCGUCUCACACGAUACGCUGCUCACCUACCAGCGAGUCGAGCGGUUGCACUACGGCAGCCAUCGUCCCGUUGUAGUCCUCGGGCCCCUCCGCGACUGCGUGGCCGCUAAACUGAUCUCCGACUGGCCGGGCGUGUUCGCGCGCGUCCGUCCCGAACCAAUCGCGGUCCAAGGGGCAGCCUUAGAACGAGCCUUGGCCAGAGGCACGCAUUUAGAACCACGGCCGAGGCGGGAUUCAACGCAUUUCGACUGCAUACCGCUGCAGGCUAUAAAGGAGCUCGCUGAGAAGGGCAUGCAUUGCAUCCUCGACAUAAGCGUGGCGACCAUCGAGAAACUCCACAAACAACAGAUGUACCCUAUCGUCCUACUCAUAAAGUUCAAAUCGUGCAAGCAAAUCAAGGAGGUCAAAGAUACCCGGUACCCCGCGGAUAAGGUGUCCGCUAAGGCUGCGAAAGAGAUGUAUGAACAUGGACUGAAGAUUGAGAAUGAAUACAGAAGCUAUAUCUCAGCCGAAAUCCCCGCAGGCGUUAACAUAGCGUACAUGUGCACCCAAAUCAAAGAAGCCGUCGAAGAGGAGCAGAACAAGACGCUCUGGGUCCCCUCCGUGCAGGCCUGACCCCUGCCCCCCGCGCCGCGACC